AUGCCUUUAAGUGCACUAAUCUUUUCUUGUCCAAUAUUUAAUCUGCUCUUACUCCCAUCCAGUGUUGUUGCUGUUUUUUUGAGACAUUGUAGCUUUCAUCUUUAAAAUUUCACUUUGGGUCUUCUUUAUAUCUUUUAUAUCUCUCCCUAACUUCUUGAAAACACUGAUAAUAACUGCUUUAAUUACUUUCUCUGCCAAUUCUAACAUCUGUGUCAGUUCUAGGCCUGUUUUUAUUGAUUGACUUUUCCCUCAUUAUUGAUCAUGUUUUCCUUCCUCUUUGUAUGCCUGGUAAACUUUGAUUGACUGCCAAACAUGGCAAAUUUUACCUUGUUGGGUCUUGAAUAUCUUUGUAUUCCUAUGAAUCUUGAGCUUUGUUCUGGGAUGCAGUUAAAUUUUUUGGAAACAACUUUCUUCUAAGUCUUUUAUGAUUUGUUACGUGGGUUUGGAGCAGUGCUCAGUGUAGAGCUAGUAAUUAGUAUACAGCUAAUUAUUCCUCACACUGAGGCAAGACAUUCCUGAGUACUCUAUCCAAUGCCCUGUAAAUUAUAAGUUUUUCCAGUCUGGCUGGAGGCAAACAAUUUACAUUUUCUUAUGAAAAUGAAGUCUGCAAACAAGAUUACUUUAUUAAAUCACCACCUUCUCAGCUGUUCUUCUCUGUGACCUCUUGGAAAAAGCGGUUUUUCAUCCUGUCAAGGACUGGGGAAAAGAGCUUUAGUCUUUCUUAUUACAAAGACCAUCAUCACCGAGGGUCCAUUGAAAUUGAUCAAAAUUCCAGUGUAGAAGUUGGCAUAAGUAACCAGGAAAAGAUGCAAUCUGUGCAGAAGAUGUUUAAAUGCCACCCUGAUGAGGUCAUGUCCAUCAGAACCACUAACAGGGAAUACUUCCUCAUCGGCCAUGACAGGGAGAAGAUUAAAGACUGGGUCUCCUUCAUGUCAUCAUUUCUCCAGGAUAUAAAAGCAACACAUCAGAACACAGAGGAGGAACUCUCAUUGGGUAAUAAAAGAACCUUCUUCUACCCCAGCCCUCUCCUUGGCCCUCCCAGCACAUCGGAGGCUGUUGGUUCCAGCUCACCAAAAAAUGGUCUCCAGGACACGCAUUUAAUGGAAAAAAGUUCUCCAGGAUUUAGGCAAGCUCAUCUACAAGAUUUAUCAGAAACCACUCAAGAUGUGAAGGAAGAGAAUUAUUAUCUUACUCCUCGAAGUGUUCUUUUAGAGUUGGAUAAUGUCAUUGCUUCCAGUGAUUCUGGUGAAUCCAUUGAAACUGAUGGUCCAGACCAGGUCUCUGGAAGAAUCGAGUGUCAUUAUGAGCCAAUGGAAUCCUAUUUUUUCAAAGAGACAUCCCAUGAGUCUGUGGAUAGCAGCAAAGAGGAACCCCAGACCCUUCCAGAGACCCAGGAUGGGGGCCUCCACCUGCAAGAACAAGGCUCAGGAAUUGAUUGGUGUCUUUCCCCUGCCGAUGUGGAAGCACAGAUCACAAAUGACCAAAAGGGUAAUAUCCCUGAUGAAAGCCAAGUGGAGAAACUGAACAUUUUCCUUUCUCCUCCUGAUGUCAUCAACUAUCUUGCUCUCAUAGAAGCCGCAGGACGGAUAUGUGUGUCUCAGUGGGAAGGCCCCCCACGUCUGGGAUGCAUAUUUUGCCACGGAGAUCAUCUUUUGGCGGUGAAUGGCCUGAAGCCCCAGAGCCUGGACGAGGUCUCCUUGUUUCUCACCCGGUCCAUCCAGAAGGAGGACUUUUUCAGGAUUCUUUCAUAUCAAGUAGCAUUUGGAGAAGGCACUGGGCUAAGAGACACAGCACCUGGGUUCAGGACCUCAGAUCGGAGUGAUGUAGCAAAAAGAGCUUGCAUGCAAUCAGACUGGUGCAGGGAUUCCAAACCAGCUCCUUCAACCAAUUUGUGCCUCAGUUUUCUUUUCUGUAAAAUUAUGGCUAAUGAUGGUGCUGGUUGUUGGAUAAUUAAAUGAGGUUAUACGUGUAAUGUGCUUACAAAGGUGACUGGCACAUAUUAGGUAAUCAAUUAAGUUACUAGUUACUUUUACUUCUACUACAACUGA